UACCGUAUGGAAAGAUCGAUAUGUUUUCUCCUCAGAAAGAAAAACAAAAGUGAAGUUUUCAUAGGGCGUUUUCUGGAAGAACAAGGUCCUUUCAGGAUCAAUUUGUGAAGAGGAGAAAUCUCGCCACAUUUUUUCUUUUUUUGGAGAGAGAGUUCAAAGAGUUGUAAUCGGAACCUACCUGUCCUUGAUACACUCCGACCUAACAAGAAAUAAAAGUCUGGAAAUCGUAAACGAGAUGAUGCAAGCCCAGGUUUUGUCUGCUGUUUUGAAUGAAGUAAAAAUACUGAGAACAAUAAACUAUGGACAGAAGUAUAUAACUGAUCUCAAAUAUUCAUAUAAUGGAAAUGUGUGUGUUUCCGUUAUAAACAUGAAAAACGGUACUCCUAUCUGGCAUAUCAGCUCACAUAGAGUAUCAUUUGGCCAACGUAGAGGCAUACGUAGCUCUAUAAAUUUUUUAACUUCUCAUGGAUCAUGUAUGUGUUUAAGGAGGGAAGGAUUAAGAUAUCUAUUUUUGAAAAAUGGAUGCUUAAUGUCAAGUGACAAAGACAUGAGAAUAAACAAAUUUUGGCCUUCGUCAGAUGAACUAUUGGGUGAAUACACGCCUAAUGGUUUAGCAGUGUGUAGAUCAGGAGCCAUUUUGGUCUCUCUCUGGAACCAUCAAGUACAUGACCGUUCUCUCGGCAAAGUUAUCAAGGUGUCUAGCGGGGGAAGCAAAGCAUUAGAAAUAGAAACAGACAAAAAUCGUCCUCUUUUUAUUUGUCCUACCUACAUAGCAGAAAACGGGAAUGAAGACAUCUGCGUCUCUGAUGUGAAUACCGUGGUCGUCACGGAUGCCGGUGGCUUUCUGAGAUUCCGGUACACAGCAGCACAAAGUGACCCUCAAUUUGAUCCAUACGGCAUCUGUUGUGAUUCCAAGAAUAACAUCAUUGUAGCAGACAUGGUGAAAAAUAGAAUUCAUAUGAUUGAUCAGAACAGUGAACUGCUUCGCUACAUCCACUACAGUGACAUGAGCAUGCCACGUGUUCUCUGUAUAGACGAGGAGGACAACCUGUAUGUUGGGGAAUGGUUGUCUGAAGAAAUCAAAGUCCUCUCACCUCAGUGAAAUAGGGUUGCUUCAUCUAAAAAGAACAUGUUUUUAAAAAUAUUUUUAUUUAUGAUGUCAUUUUAUUGUAUAACCUAGAGUUAUUAUCGUUUCAUUUGCUUCAUAUUUUUUUUAUAUAAAUUCUUUUGCGUUUUAACUUUAUAUACAUGAUAACGUAAAAGUAUGUUUGAUUUUUCAAAGAAGCGCCUUUAGAUGGAGUUUUUUCCCGUUUCAAUGAAGGCUAAUGAUUUUCUUCUGAAGAAUAUGUUGCUACAUAAUGACUGACCCAUUUCUAUAAAAAGGAAAACGUGGUGGCUUGUUGUUUGAACUGAUUGGUGUAAAACUCCAGUCUGCAUUGAAAGACACCCCUCUAUUGUAUGGAAAUUUCACAUGCUUAAUUUCAAUACCGAUGUAACUGUUAUUUUAUAUAAACAAUUGCUAAUCAAAGAAGCAAUGUAUAUAAGCAUGAGUAAACACGUUUUCAAUCGAAGAAUGUUUAAUAGCUUAAACAGACAUGACAUGAUAUAUAAAUACAUGUAAUAAACAUUAUUAUGUAGAAAAUUGUUGUAAUACGUACAUUUUGCAGAAACUGGGGUCUCUCACGCUUACAAGUGUAUUAUAUCUAAUUCCAGCAUAACUGUUUGAGCGAAUCCCAUAGCAUUGGGUGUCUUUUGAAACAUUGCGACAAAUAUUCAAAUCUAAAGAAAUGGACGCUUCGUUAUGUAUCGAUUGUUAUUCGAUAGGAAGACCAAAACGCUUCAUUCAAUCAAAAAGUUUUACCAAUUCAAUGCACUUCAUUUCUUGAAUAAUUUAUAUGAUGAAAGGGAUUAACUUGUGUGUAUUUUCCACAUAUAUAUAUUUUAUGAUUACACAAUUUCUUAUCUGGUUUUAAUGAAUAACCUUUGAAUAAAAUGACGAAUGUAUUUAACCAUAUUCAU